AUGUUCACCUCUACUUCUCUCACCGCUGGCAUCGCUCUGCUGAGCUCGAUCGCUGGUGCUUCACCUAUUGAGGAGAGGCAGGCAAACAAGUUCACUUAUUUCCCUCUCAAAACGGCGCUUGCUUCGCCUUGCGACUUGACGACUGGGCUGGAUGGCAAGAUCUACGCCGACACAUUCACAUCGAACAAGAUUGUGCAGAUCGAUCGUGAUACUGGCGAGCUGAACGAGUACGACAUUCCGUACAAGCUCCAGCCUUUGAACUCCAGCGUCCUGCCCAGCGAUGUCCUUGGACGUGUCGCUCUGUCUUGCGUCGUGCAGCCAGGAAAGAAUGGAAAAAUCUACGCCGCCGCCGGCCAACGCAACGAGUUCGUCAUCUUCGACCCGUCAACCAAAGAGAUGACCGUCCUUGAGACCGGCAACCCACUGGGCAACCUCCAGCCCUUCAACGACGCCUGGCCCGGCGAGACAGGAAUGUACUUCACCCAAACCACCGGCAACGUAAUCAACCUCAUCGACUACGCCACCAACGAAAUCACAACCUACAACGUCCCCACCCCCCUCGCCGGUCCACUAGGUCUCAUCGUCGCCUCCGACGGCGGCGUCUGGUUCACCGAAAUGCUAGCCAACAAAAUCGGCCGCCUGAACCCCAGCGACGGCACCUUCAAAGAAUACCCCCUCCCACCAUCCCUCUUCACCCCAUCCGUCAUGCGCGCCGAAACCGAGGGCCGAUACCUCUGGUUCACCGCCAUCGCAACCAACUCCAUCGGCCGCAUCGACAUCCUCACCGGCUCAACCAAAACCUAUACCGACUCCCGCCUGCUCGCGACCCCCAUCGAAAACACCGUCGACGCGCAGGGGAAUAUCUGGUACAGCACUCUGACCCGCAACACGCUGAACUACAUCACGCCUUCGACGGGCGAGUUCACGACCAUUCAGCAACCGGCGACGGAUCUGACGGGCGGUAUUGGAGGUGGGAUUCUGCCGAGUUUGCCACCCGCGGCGGAUAUUGCGAUUCAUUAUGAGGGGAGGGAUAAUUCGAUUUGGUUUACGGAGUUGGCGAAUAAUCGGGUGGGGAGGUAUAGGAUUUAG